AUGUCUCGCUACGCAACUGUCCACGCCAAUCCCAAAGGACCCGGCGACUCACGACCAACAGCCCUGCAAGUCAUCAAAGAUGAAGGCCUCCUGGACAAACUCUUCGGCAAAGUCGUCCUCAUCACAGGCGGCAACCAAGGCAUCGGUCUCGAAACUGCUCGAGCCCUCCACGCCACUGGCGCUAGGGUCUUCAUCACAGCUCGAUCUUCGGCAAAGCUCCAGCAGGGAAUCGAUGAUAUCGUAUCCUGGCCAAAAGUCAAGUCUACGGCGCCUGUGUACGGUAUCGAGUUGAGGCUUGAUUCAUUGAAGUCUGUCCGGGCUGCUGCCGAAACCUUUCUUGCAAGAAGUGAGAAGCUAAAUGUCCUUAUUCUUAAUGCUGGAGUCAUGGCAACUCCGGAGGGAAGGACAGAGGAUGGAUUCGAGACGCAGUUUGGUACCAACCAUCUUGGUCACUUCCUAUUGUUCCAACUACUUCAAACAGCUCUUGUGGCCUCUGCGACACCUUUAUUUCAUUCUCGUGUUAUUUCAUUGAGCUCAAAGGCCCAUCGCACGGGAGGCGUCCGCUUUGAAGACUUGAACUUCGAAAAAGAGCCUUACAACCCUUGGCUUGCGUACGCCCAGUCGAAAACCGCGAACAUCUACUUCGCAGCAGAGCUUGAAAGAAGAUAUAAGAACCAUGGAGUCCACGCUCUAGCUGUGCAUCCAGGCUCUAUCCUAACGAACCUAACCCAGUAUGUGGACAUGAGUCAGUUCGACUUGAGCGGGGACUUGGGACGGCAUUUGAAGAGUCCAUCUCAAGGAGCGGCUACCACUGUGUAUGCAGCACUGAGUAAAGACUGGGAGGGGCGAGGGGGGAGGUAUCUUGGUAACUGUUCUGAAGAACCACCACUCGAGCCGGGCGUUGAUCUUGUGUCAGUCCAUCCGGGAUACGCUCCAUGGAUUUAUAACGAGGAUCUGGAGUCCAAACUGUGGGAUGAAUCAAACAGGCUGGUGGGGUUCGAAGAAUAG